GAAGAUCUCUUGGGAUAUUUCUGGCAGCAUAAGAUACCGAUGGCGAUAGCAACAAGUAGUUCAAAUGAGGGUUUCCACAUGAAGACGAAUCAUUUGAAAAAUAUAUUCUCUGUGUUUCACCAUGUGGUCACUGGUUCUUCCGAUCCGGAAGUAAAGAACGGCAAACCAGCWCCGGAUAUCUUCAAUAUAUGCGCUUCCAGGUUUCCGGGAAGCCCRGUGAACAGCAAUAUACUGGUGUUCGAAGACUCGCCGAACGGAGUGGCUUCAGCGUUAGCGGCCGGAAUGCAAGUGAUUAUGGUACCCGAUCUCAUGYUGCCAAGAGAACUGACUGCUAACGCUACAUGCGUUUUGGACUCCUUGGAAGAUUUCUGUCCGGAAAUAUUUUCUUUGCCACCACGCGAUUCCUUGAGUUCACGCUCUUCAUAA